AUGUUGCGAGUGGAGCAUGAUUGCGAUAUUAACAUAAAACAGGAAGAGAUAUUUUUUCUUCCGAAUCGCGGUUGUUGCCACAAGGUUUGGGUGUUGGUGCGUCAAGUUUUCAUGGCUUCGCAGAAGAGCCCAAGUGCCCGAAGAUACUUGAGAACUCACAGUGCCAUAAUAUACGAGAAACGUCGUCAUCUCCGAAACUUCACGAAUAUAAUUCACCCUUUUAGUUUAUUCAGGUACUUCGACACUACACUGCGCCACGUCGAGAUGGAUUACAAGAUGAUAAUGAGACGUUACGUUCAGCGUGGUACCUUCGUACCAGACCUGUUAGGUUCAUUGCCGACCGAUUUUUUCUUCCUUGGCUCAUGGUACGACCUCGUAGUGGCUCGUGAACUGUCGACAUUGAUUUACGCCUUUCGCGUGUUCUGCGCUUAUUCGUACACCACCAAGAUGCUCAACACAUAUGGCAUGGACGAAGCCAAGUUUCGUUUCUUUUGCACGUUGCCCUGGCUGCUGAUAGCUCUACAUUGGUGCACUUGCGUUACCUGGAUCGUGCCGAUAGUUACAAUAACACUUGGAGUGCCUCAAAGACCAUCCAACAUAUCCUGGAUCAAUGUCGAUGGCAUUUGGUCCCACGACGAUCAGUCAAGAUAUUGGUCCUGCUGGAGGAGAUCGGUAGCGAUCUUCACGAGAUCAGGAUUUUUUCACGAAGAGCCAACUUCCGCUGAUGAUCAGUAUCUUGGGAUAGUGAUACAGCUAUUAGGCACUCUCAUCUUUUGCCUCAUCAUUGCCCAAGUCAUGCAAUACUUCAAGGCUUCAAACAGCUCGAAGCUUCAGUACGAAGCGAUCGUCGCUCAACUUAAGCAGUACAUGAGCCACCGUCAACUGCCCAGCUCGAUCCAGCAACGGUUCAUCGCUUACUACGAGUUUCGUUAUCAGCAUCGUUAUUUUCGUGAGUCUGAGAUCCACAAUACGCUCUCAUCGCAUAUGCUGCAAGAAAUCGGCAUGCAUUCUUGUCGCAAGCUCGUUGAAAACGUAACUUUCUUCAACAACCUACCGAUCUCAUUGCUCACCAGAAUCGUCGUUCUUCUCAAAUCUGAAAUAUUCUUGACCAACGAUGUUAUCGUCAGAGCCAAACAACCCGGUGAUUGCAUGUACUUCAUUGCCACUGGAACCGUCGCCAUCUACACGAAUUCUGGAAAGGAGGUCUGUCAUCUCGAAGACGGUGCUCACUUCGGUGAGAUCGCACUUGUGAUGCCCGACGAACGCAGGGUCGCAAGCGUCGUUGCUGUAGAGAUUUGCGAACUUUACAGACUCGAGAGAGCCGAUUUCGCUCGAACCAUUCAUCCCUAUCCAAUGCUUUGGGAACGCAUCAAGAAGAUCGCCAUCGAGAGACAUGAGAAGACAACUAUACUCAAUGCUCAGUAA